AUGGCAUGUCGUCUGCCGGGAGGUGUGGAUUCUCCCUCCUCGUUCUGGGAGAUGCUCGUGAAAAAGCAGUCUGGACAGACACCGCGAGUUCCCGAAUCCCGUUUCAAUAUCGAUGCCUAUUACCACUCCAACUUGGAGCGUCCCGGGUCGUUCAAUGUGCCCGGCGGAUACUUCUUGGACGGCCGCCCCGAAGACUUUGAUCCUACCGCGUUUAACAUGACUCCUAUCGAGGCCCAAUGGCUGGAUCCCCAGCAACGCAAGAUCCUCGAGGUCGCCUACGAAUGCCUGGAAAACGCCGGACUCCCACUGGAGUCAGUGGCAGGUUCCAACACUGCUGUUUUUGUGGGAUCGUUCACGUCGGAUUACCAACAAAUGUCGAUCCGAGACCCGGACUUUCGCCACAACUACGCCGCCACGGGCGUCGACCCAGGCAUCAUCAGCAACAGGGUCGGCAACAUCUUCAAUCUUAAGGGGCCCAGCUUUACUAUCAACACCGCCUGCUCGUCGUCGAUCUACGCCAUCCACAACGCGUGCAAUGCCCUUCGCGCACGCGACUGUGAUGCUGCCCUGGUUGGUGGAGUCAAUCUAAUCAUCACCGUGGACCAGCACAUGAACACGGCUAAACUUGGGAUUUUAUCUCCGACCUCGACCUGCCACACUUUUGACGCGGCAGCCGAUGGUUAUGGUCGCGCUGAAGGUGCUGGAGCCCUGUACUUGAAACGUCUCCGGGAUGCAAUUCGGGAUGGGGAUCCCGUACGAGGAGUGAUUCGAGCAAGUGCAGUCAACACGAAUGGAAAAGUUGAGGGCAUGGGUAUCACCCACCCCAGCGGCAAGGGCCAGGAGACUGUUGUCCGUAUGGCAUACGAGAAGGCAGGGCUGGACCCGAAUGGCACUGCCUAUGCCGAACUGCAUGGAACCGGCACUCCCGUCGGCGAUCCAAUUGAAGUCCGAGCCAUUGCUAGUGCGAUGAACGACACCCGCUCAUCGAAGAAGCCGCUGCUCUUGGGUGCUGUCAAACCGAAUAUCGGGCACAGCGAGGCCGCCAGUGGUAUCUUUGCCGUCAUGAAAGCCGCCCUGAUGACGGAAGCUGGGGUAAUUCCUGGCGUUGCUCACUUCCAACGGUUGAACCCAGCCAUCCAUGAAAAGGAGUGGAACGUCAAGGUAAAUGUUGAUACCGCCCCAUGGCCACAGGAUUUCGACGCCAGACGAGCCAGUGUCUCCUCAUUUGGUUAUGGAGGCACCAACGGUCAUGUCAUUAUCGAGUCAGUCGAGUCUCUCUACUCCUGGUACCAACAUGCCCGCUCCAAGCGCGAUGCACCCUAUACUCGCUCAUAUGAUCGGCCAUUCCUGCUUUGCUUUUCGGCUCAUGAUAAGGUAACGCUCGCGCGGAAUAUCGCGGCUAUCAACAAAGUGUCCGGAGAUUACUACGUGAUGGAUCUGGCAUACACCCUCAAUCUGAACCGGACCCGAUGGGGUCAUCGGGCAUUUGCCAUUGCUCGGGAUGCUCAAAGCUCUGCAGCGUUUGAUCAAUCGGCAGUACAGUCCGGUGUGGCCACCCCCGUAGCCCCCAGAGUUGGCUUCCUCUUCACCGGCCAAGGCGCUCAAUGGGCAGGAAUGGGACAGAUAGCAGCGAAGACAUUUCCAUCCUUUCUUCGGACUAUGCAGAAGCUCGACCAUAUCCUGGCCCGCCUGAACCCGCCUCCUUCGUUCCGUCUCGUCGAUCUCCUUCAAGGUCCUAUCGAGACCGUGUCACGCACAAUCAACGAGGCCGAAGUUACCCAGCCUCUUUGCACUGCUGUCCAGAUUGCGCUUGUGGACCUUCUCUCCGAAUGGGGUGCGACCCCCUCCGUCAGCGUGGGGCACUCCUCUGGGGAGAUCGCGGCGGCGUAUGCUGCUGGUCUGCUAUCAGCUCCUGAAGCUCUGCUGGCUGCCUACUGCCGAGGUCGUGCUGUCCGGGAGAAUUCCGGCCAAGGGUCGAUGCUAGCGGUCGGACUAGGAGUGGAUGCCGUUGGGGAGUAUCUGGCUCCUUAUACGCCGGAACAGCUGUGCGUCGCCUGUGAGAACUCUCCCAGCAGUGUCACCCUCAGCGGAAUGCCCGAGUAUAUCCGCGAGGUCAAGGAAAAGCUGGACGACGCAAAGGUUUUUGCGCGCGAGCUCAAAACCGGACGUGCCUAUCACUCACCCCAUAUGGUGGCAGUGGGUGCCGCGUACGAUGUCCUGUUGGCGCGCGCUUAUAACACGCUCAGUAAUCAUGACCUGCGCUGGCGCCGUCCCCGCUCAGCCAUGGUCUCUUCUGUGACGGGCCAGGUGGUAGACACGGCGAUCGACUCGCUUCCUACUUCGUACUGGAGCGACAACCUGCGUUCACGAGUCCUUUUCGACACCGCUAUCCGCAUUCUGGGAACAGACCCGUCCUUCCAGGAGGUCAAAUGCCUCGUUGAAGUCGGGCCCCAUUCGGCACUAGCUGGCCCAUUCAAGCAGAUUUGUCUCUCAAACAAAUUUGACCAACUGCGUUAUAUUCCGUCGCUGGUGCGUGGUAAGGACGACGCCGAUCAGCUCCUGUCUGUGGCAGGCUCACUCUUUGUCGCCGAUUAUCCCGUGGAUUUGGAGGCCGUGAAUGCGGUCGAGGAGAGCAAGACGGACCUGAGAUUCCGCAAGCCCAAGUCGCACCGUCUUCUCGUAGAUCUGCCCCCAUACCAGUGGAACUACGAGAAGCGCUACUGGGCCGAACCCCGAGCAAGUGGAGAACAGCGCUCUCUCGUUCAGCCUCGUCAUGAUCUGUUGGGCCGCCAGGUCACCGGCCUGUCGACUAAGUCGCGGGUAUGGCGGAAUGUUCUCCGGCAUCGCGACUUGCCAUGGCUCAAGGACCACGCAUUGGGCGGUGCUGCUAUCUUCCCAGCAGCGGGCCACAUGUCGCUGGCAAUCGAAGCUCUGCGCCAGGUGGCUGACGCGGAACAAUGGCCGGUUGGACAGGUUCUUCUGCGCGAUGUCAAUAUCAGUACGGCGCUCGUCGUGCCGGAAACCGACGCUGGUGUCGAGAUUAUCCUGCGCCUAGACGCGCUAGCGGACGAGCAACUGGGUGUAGAUAACACCACUCCCUGGUAUGCGUUUUCCGUCGAGUCGCUCUCCGAGGGGAAGUGGGUUUCACACUGCCGAGGCAAAAUUUCUUCUGGCCCUGAGAAUCCUGAGAAGGGUCAGUGUGACCACCCCGUAGACCCGUCCCGACUGACCCAGCGGGUCCCGAGCAAACGUUGGUACGAAGCUUUCCGCCGCGUCGGCUUCUACUACGGUCCGGCUUUCCAACAGCUGGGACAAGUCCGGACGGAUCGCCGAUACCAGCAGGCUGAGGCCGAAGUGCGGGUCCGGGAUCACUCCGAUGUUGUGCAGGAUGAAUCGCGGUACGUGAUCCAUCCUGCCACUAUCGACGCCUGCCUUCAGCUUAUCAUUGUCUCCAUCCACCAUGGUAAACACAAGGAGAUGCCCUGGGGAGUCGUACCCAUUCAUCUGGAGGAAGUGACGCUGCGGUUCCCGAGCACCGGGGAAGAAGGGUCCAUGGGCAAGGCUGUGGCCUGGACCGACAGGUGUGAGGGUCGCUACUUCAACACACACACACAACUGAUGGGACAGAACGGCCGAGUCUUGGUAGAUGUCAAGAGCCUACGCUGCGUAGCCUACGAGGCGGCCGUUCCGGCGGAUGCGGCCAGCAAAGCGCUCGAUCCAGCUCCAUUUGCAACUGUUUCCUGGAAGCCUGAUGUUCUUCGGUUGGUUGAAUCGUCCCAUCCUGCCCUGUGGCCAAAGGGAACAUCCGAGACGCAGGUGCUCGUGUCAAUCGUUCAGAUGAUCCAUCAUCGGCAUCCACUGGCGACCGUCCUGCUCUGCGGCCAGCAUAGUCGAGAAGUGAUGGAGACUGUCUCGUCUGCCCUCCCAAAGGCCUGCAACAUCCGCGCUGCCGGGCCUGAUGAUCUUGAGAACGAUGAGAUUUCGAGUGCCGCAGUUGCCGGGUCCGUGGACUUGGUGGUGGUGGAUGAAACUGUCUCGGGUAAACCUGAGGUGGUUCUGGGACUUGCCAGGGGCAGCCGAUGGGUGAUUGAGACCCGGCUGGAUGAGAAAUCUCCUCUGAAUGGCGUCGCAAAUGAAACUGCUCUGUAUCCGGUGGUUGAGGUUCCAGCUGUGGGCGACCACAGGGAAACCCGUCUUGUCCGGCUUCUCGCCCGAGACCACGCCAGAUUGGCCGACGGGAUUCACGAUGAACAGCUGAGCAUCAUGAUUCUGCAUGACCGCAGUCUGACUGUGGACCAGCAUCUCGUCACCUAUUUGUCCAGCAAGGGACACACUGUCAAGAGCACGACACUGGGCCAGUUCGAUUUGCCAGAGAACCAAGAAAAUGCAGUCGCUAUUAUUGAUGACCGCGAUGGUUCUCUGCUCAGCCGUCUCAGUGACGAUUCCUUUGAAAGUCUGAAGUCUCUUGUCCGGGCAAAUCUACCCAUGGUCUGGUUAACCCAAGGCGUCCGGCAAGGGGCUUGCGUUUUCGGGGGCAUGGUCCAGGGGUUCUUGCGUGUCAUCCGGUCAGAGAACGCCUCCGCAAUGAUUGUGCAGUUGGACGUCGACGAGGAGGAACAGCCGACAGAUGUGGCAGAGGCCCUCCUGGGAGCGUUGUGGGACGCCCCGACUAAGGAUUCGGGCAAAGAUACUGAGUUCUGGCUGCACAAAGGGGUAAUUCAUAUUGCUCGUGUUGUCCCCAACCACCCAUUGAACAGAGAAUGGGCGUCUCAUACUUCUCCUACGUCUCACUCCCCGGAUAUCAAGCCCCUACCGGACGGAGUCCGUCUCAAACCCUCUGUCGUAGACAGGCAACUGACCUUGACGUACGACGGGGCCGAAGCAUCAUGUUCCCUUGGGUCAGACGAGAUUGAAAUUCAAAUCCUUGCAUCUGAGCUGCAGUCCACUCCCAACACCCCGGCAGUUGUGUAUGGACGUGUGCUCCGUCGUGGCUCUUCGGUCCCUGUCGAUGUUGCGGCUGGCGACCAAGUGAUUGCCUUGACGACGGAAACAUUCACCACUGUCGUACGGACUGCCUCGUACAUCCGCUACGAUUCCUCCGCUGGUAGUGACAUGACGACGAUCCUGGCCGGUGUCGCAGCGCUUUCCAAGGUGGUCAACAUGUGCAUCACCACGGCCACCGUCAGCAGCAGUGACCGAAUUCUCGCACUGCCCGGCCCGAAAUCCACACUGUAUGCACUUGUCCGGUUAGGCCAGGCCAUGGGGUGGAAAGUCAGCCUUGUCACGCGUUCCACUGAAGAGCAACAGGAAUUCUCCCGUGAAUUCAACAUUGACAGCGGCAGUGUCCUUCUUACUGACGAGAUUCGUACCCACAUGCGUGAAAAGAACUGCAGAUGGGUCAUCCUUGCUCACGAAUUUUCUCCCCUGAGCCAGGAAUUGUGGAGGCAGCUCCCAGCACGCAGCGUCUUCGUCUUGAAUGACACAUUGCUGGAAUCUGCACUAGACCCGUUGCCGUUCUCCCGUGGUGCAUUGUUCGUACCAACUAGUGUAGCCACUUUGCAGCCCGCAGCCGCAUCUGGCAUCCUCGAGCACGCGCUUCAUCUCGUCCAAAAAUACCCCAACCUGGCCAGCAACGUUGCAUGCGUGCACGACAUCGGCGAAUUCUGUCAGUCCAACAACGUUCUUCGCGAAAUUCCGGCCACUAAGAUCGGUGUGGCCACGUACCGCUACCGUGAGAGCCUUGUACGAGUCAUUCCCCAGCCUCCACGCCUGACCUUCUCCCCUGAUGCCAGCUACCUUCUGGUUGGGUGUCUCGGUGGUCUGGGCCGUAGUCUGACUCGCUUCAUGAUGGAACGCGGUGCGCGACACUUUGCCUUUGUUUCGCGAACCGGUACCGACAAACCAGAGGCAGCCCAUGUAGUUGAUCUUCUCACUUCCGCUGGUGCGUCUGUCAGGGUUUUCCGUGCGGAUGCCGCAUCUCAAUCCGAUAUGGUCCGCAUCGUUCAGGAGGUCAACGCCCAGCGCCCCAUCCGUGGUGUUGUCCAUGCCGCAAUGGUCCUCCGGGAUGGGGUUUUUGAGCAGAUGGAUUGUCGCAGAUUCCAGGCUGCAGUGGAUCCCAAGGUCCAGGGCGCAGUGAGCCUCUCCCGAGCGCUACAAGGUGUGGAUCUCGACUUCUUUGUCAUGACCAGCUCCAUCUCGGCGACAUUGGGCAAUCCCGGUCAGAGCAACUAUAGCGCGGCGAACAGCUUUCUGGAUACCUUGGCAUGGCAACAACGGUUGAACCACUGGCCGGGUGUGUCCUUGGUGCUUCCCAUGGUGCUAGACGUGGGAGUGGUGUCCGAAAAUGCCGCCAUCGAGACCUUGUUGCUCCGCAAGGGGAUGUACGGCGUCGACGAACAGGAGAUGCUGCGCGGCUUCGAGGUCGCCAUGUCCCGCGCCUUGGCUCCGGCACCAUCACUGGAAGAGGUUGGUGAUACGCAGAUUGUUCUGGGUCUGGAACCUGCAGAAUUGGCCAAGGCAGUGCACUCAGACCAGACCGUCGACGCCUACUGGUACCAGGAUGCCCGCUUCGUCCACCUUCGAACCGAGGUGGAGCGCAUUGGUCAGACCACGUCCUCGACCUCGUCUCGGUCUGGUGGGCUCCAGAGCCUUCUUGCGGGGGCUGUGGGCGCCUCGGGACGCGACGACAUUCUGACGAUCAUCGCUCAAUACAUCGCCCAGCGUGUCAGCAGUAUCUUGCUGAUUUCCGCCGAAGACUUUGAUCUGGACGGUCCCUCCAUCGCGAGUUACGGCCUCGACAGUAUGAUCGGUGCGGAGAUGAAGAAUUGGCUAUUUAAGGAAUUUGGACUUGAGUUUUCCUUCCAGAAAUUGUUAUCAUCGUCUUUGACGUUCAAAGCAUUGGCGGAGGCGGUGGCCACACAUCUCGGUGUCGUUCCUGUGGCUGAUUAG